AUGAAACUCCCGGUGUCAAUUCUCUUCUUCAUCUCGGUUUCUCAAAUAUUGGCUUUCAACAAUGUGAUCGUCACGCAGAAGGAGGUGGAAAUCGGUGUCGGCGAGACGGCUUCGAUUACUUUUCAAAUCAAAAACCACACAUCUUCUACUCUCAACCAGACGCGAAUUCAGCUCUCCCAAUCACCAUACAUCACAAAUCCCGAUGUGGUUCUCGUUGACAACUGGUGGGCCAAUGUGACAGUUAGUGGAGAGAGACCAGUGGCUGGAGAGAUUCUGGAGGCUCUUAACUGUACUACAGAUGGAGAGGAAGUCUGUUCGCUAGACCUCCUCGACGCCUACUCCAGAAUCACAGUAAUCCGGUCUCACUGGCUCGCCAUCUUGAUUCAAAUCGUCGGAUGGACCUAUUUCGCGGCUUGGAGUGUCAGCUUCUACCCACAGAUGUAUCUAAACUUCAAGCGGAAAAGUGUGGUCGGGCUGAACUUUGAUUUUCUCUCCCUGAAUCUUGUUGGUUUCGGAGCAUACGCAAUGUUCAACCUGUUAAUGUACUAUAACAGUCAUGUCAAGAACAUCUACUCUAUGGAAAAUCCACGCUCCCCACCGCCCGUUCUUCUGAAUGACGUGGUGUUUGCUGUGCACGCCUUCUUGGCCUGCUUCGUCACAAUUCUUCAAUGUAUCUUCUACGAGAGAGACCAGCAACGGAUUUCCACAAAAUGCAUAAUUCUCAUUAUUGGACUUGUCUCUUUUGGAUUCGUUUCUGUUGUGGUUACUGUGCUCAAUAAGAUUACAAUUCUGGACUUUGUCGUCAGCCUUUCCUACAUCAAAAUGGCCGUCACCUGCUGUAAAUAUUUCCCACAGGCCUACUUCAACUACCAGCGAAAGAGCACCGUCGGCUGGUCCAUCGGCAACAUAUUGCUCGAUUUCACCGGUGGCUCGUUGGACAUCCUUCAAAUGGUCCUUCAAGCGAUCAAUGUCAACGAUUGGUCGGCGUUCUACGCGAACCCGGUGAAAUUCGGUCUCGGCUUCGUUUCCAUCUUCUUCGACAUCAUCUUCAUGAUUCAGCACUACGCGCUUUAUCCGGAUGCUGAAGUCCCUCACAACGAGUACCACGGCGUCGAUAAUCCGGAUCCCGAUUCUAUUGUUCGCGAUGCGGAGCACGGUGCAGCGGACAACGAGUCAAUGGAGUCGACAGAUCCGAUUAUUGUUCAUGACUAG